AUGAGAAGGCUCAACCAGGUAUUACGAGAUUAUAUCUUCGGCAUCCCCAACCAGGCCUUUCCUAGAAAGAUGGAGACUCUGAAUCCAGUGCAAAAAGACCCGAACGAAGAGUUCCGGCUCAUCAAGCGCAUCCAAGAUGAAGUCUGGCUCGCUGAGAGAUUGUCCGACAAGGAGCCCUUCAUCGCCCGUCGCCUCGAAGAGUUCGACCCGCUCCACGAGGCCAUGAGGAAUGAUGAGGAUAUCGGAGAAGGACGCCACGACGACCUCCGCGGGCUCACCAACCUGCUCUCCUUGUGCGGCUUUGACCGUGCCUUGGCACAGCUUCUAAACCACGAGAACAUCCUCUCCCUCGCCGGCGUCAUCAACCAGAGAGACACGAAAGCCAGCGACGGCUCGAACAAGGUCCGCCACAUCUGGCUCGUAUGGGAUUACUGCGACGGCGGCAGCCUCAUGGAGCUCUUCCUCGACGGGCUCGUUGAGCAGGAGUACAGCACGGUUCAUUACAUGCCCGAGUCGUUGUGUUGGCAUGUCCUGAGAUCCGUCAUGAGGGCACUCACCUGGCUCCACACCGGCCGUCGACUCUUCUGUGCUAGUUCCGAUCCAGCCAAGCAGGAACUUCGUCUCGUUGACAGAGAUUGGUAUCCGAUUCUGCACGGGGCCGUGAGGCCGGAGAAUAUUUUCUUCCAGCUUCCGAGAGGUCUCGAGGCUUACGGGGCGUGCAAGCUAGGCAACUUUAGCAAAUGUUUUGUCUCGGGUAAACAGAGCACCGACACAAGCUUGGAGCCUGAUGUGGACCUGGCCUUUACGGGGUUGGCCGCUACGUUGCGGGACGGGAAGAUGGCCAACUUUGACAGUCUCCAUACAUACUACGGCGAUGAAAAUCCAACCCAGAACUUGUAUACCGUAGACGAAGAGCUCUGGGAUCUCGGCUCCAUCGUCUACCGCAUGAUGGCCGGCCAUGAGCCCCCACCGUAUAGAGGCUGCAGUGCCUGCAAAUACAAGCACAGCCAUGUCCACGUAUGCAGCAAAUCCUACUCAAGCUGCAUCGAAGUUGAGAGGGGUUGCCGCUGCGAGUACGGCGGCUGCAAACACUUCCGCAGAGGUCUGUGUAAGCACGUUGAUGAUAAUCUCACGUGCGCCGAUUGCACUGGCAACCUGCCUGGGAAGAAAUGCCGGACCGAGUCGAUUAGAAUCCAGGAGAUUCUAUGGGGCAAACAGUACUCUAAGUACCUCAUCACAUCUGUCCUCAUGCUUCUUCAGCCAUACCGAAAGGACCGCCAGUUUCUGAGUCCUGGGUGGACGCCUAGGAUCUUGAGCGAUAUUGAGAACCAGUAUGAGUUGUGGUUGGCGAAGACGAGAGACGGCCAGGAGUUUUACGGCAUUGACGAUGAUCUUUUGGACCGUUGUCGUGCUCAAGCACAGGACGAUGAGGACAAUGAGGACGACGAGGAUGGUGAGGAGGGUGAGGAGGAUGAGGAGGAUGGGGAGAAUGGGGAAACCGCAAACGCAACGGGCAGAACCCGGGUCAUAUUCCCUGAUGAUUUCCUUUAUUAA